AUGAGAAUAGAUUCUGCUAGCAGCAAUGCUGGCUAUGUUUUCAAAUUCUUGCUUUCAAGGUACACGAAAUCUAUCAAAAAUUCAAAUGAGUCAGAGUAUCAUAUUCUUUUAGAUAAUUUCAUGGAGGAUGUAAUCACUGUAUUGAAUUACCCUGAGUGGCCGGCUGCUGAAAUGAUAGUUCGAAUAUUUAGCAAAAUCAUGAUUGGCUAUAGAAAAGCAAAUAAUUAUACAAAAUCAAUAGCUAUUGACUAUUUAGGAAUCAUAGCUAGAUGUAUCAAAAAAUUUGCAAACACAGGUCUCAUCUCUGGUGAAGAUGUAUAG